CUCCUCGCCUUCCGGGCGGCGGUCUGAGGCCCUGGAGACUCCGUUUCCCGGCAGGCCGCGCGUCAAGACGGCCGGCGGGACGGGAGCCGCCGCGCUGGCUACGAGAGUGACCCAGUCAGCAUUGAUUCCCGUCUUGGCCAUGGCCUCGUUCGUGACAGAAGUUUUGGCACACUCCGGGAGGCUGGAAAAGGAGGAUCUGGGGACCCGGAUCAGCCGCCUGACCCGGCGGGUGGAGGAGAUUAAGGGUGAGGUGUGCAAUAUGAUUAGCAAGAAGUACAGUGAAUUCCUGCCUAGCAUGCAGAGUGCGCAGGGCCUGAUUACCCAGGUGGAUAAACUGUCUGAAGACAUUGACCUACUGAAAUCCAGGAUAGAGAGUGAGGUCUGCCGGGAUCUUCAUGUAUCAACUGGUGAAUUUACAGACUUAAAGCAGCAGUUGGAAAGAGACUCAGUUGUCCUAAGUUUGCUUAAACAGUUGCAGGAGUUUUCCACUGCUAUUGAAGAAUAUAAUUGUGCAUUAACAGAGAAGAAAUAUGUCACUGGUGCUCAGCAUCUGGAAGAGGCACAGAAAUGCUUGAAGUUAUUAAAAUCCAGAAAAUGCUUUGAUUUAAAAAUAUUGAAAUCUCUCAGCAUGGAGCUCACAAUACAGAAACAGAACAUACUUUAUCACCUUGGAGAAGAGUGGCAGAAGCUGAUUGUAUGGAAGUUCCCACCAUCAAAAGAUACCAGCAGUUUGGAAUCUUACCUACAAACUGAACUUCAUUUAUACACUGAACAAUCACAUAAAGAGGAGAAGACCCCUAUGCCACCCAUCAGUUCUGUCCUCUUGGCAUUUUCUGUUCUUGGAGAACUACAUAGCAAACUUAAAUCAUUUGGUGAGGCAUGCUACUUUGUUUCAUUUACACAAAAUCUCCUAAGGCCCACUAUUAAAGGGAAGACAGAAAAGAUGAUAAAAUAUUCUCUGGGGAAUUCAGAUCUGUCACUUGACUCUGACCUGGAAAAUGAAAAAACGUCUACUGUCCCGUUGGCUGAGAUGCUUGGAGACAUGAUCUGGGAGGACUUGUCUGAGUGCCUCAUCAAAAACUGUUUGGUUUAUUCUAUUCCAACAAAUAGCAGCAAAUUACAGCAAUAUGAAGAGAUCAUACAAUCCACUGAAGAAUUUGAAAAUGCCCUAAAGGAAAUGAGAUUUUUAAAAGGAGAUACUACAGAUUUGCUGAAAUAUGCUCGUAACAUCAAUUCUCAUUUUGCAAACAAGAAGUGCCAGGAUGUGAUUGUGGCAGCCAGAAAUCUAAUGACCUCUGAAAUUCAUAACACUGUGAAGAUUAUUCCUGAUUCUAAGAUAAAUGUGCCGGAGUUACCCACUCCUGAUGAGGAUAACAAACUGGAAGUACAGAAAGUGUCCAAUACUCAGUACAAUGAAGUGGUGAAUUUAGAGCCUGAAAAUACAUUGGACCAACAUUCCUUUUCCUUGCCCACAUGCCGGAUCAGUGAAUCAGUGAAGAAAUUAAUGGAACUUGCCUAUCAGACUUUACUAGAGGCAACAACCAGUAGUGAUCAAUGUGCUGUUCAACUUUUCUACUCAGUGAGGAAUAUCUUCCAUUUGUUCCAUGAUGUUGUACCAACAUAUCACAAGGAGAACCUUCAAAAACUUCCCCAGUUGGCCGCUAUUCAUCACAACAACUGUAUGUACAUUGCUCACCACUUGUUGACCCUCGGGCAUCAGUUCAGAUUGCGUCUUGCCCCCAUUCUUUGUGAUGGCACUGCUACUUUUGUGGAUCUUGUACCUGGCUUCAGGAGACUUGGGACAGAAUGCUUUUUGGCCCAAAUGCGGGCACAGAAAGGUGAACUUCUGGAAAGAUUAUCAAGUGCUAGGAACUUUUCAAAUAUGGACGAUGAAGAGAAUUAUUCUGUAGCAAGUAAAGCAGUCCGGCAGGUACUGCACCAACUAAAGAGACUUGGAAUUGUGUGGCAGGAUGUCCUGCCAGUGAAUAUAUAUUGCAAAGCUAUGGGGACUUUACUCAAUACAGCAGUUUCUGAGAUCAUUGGCAAAAUUACUGCCCUAGAGGACAUAUCUACUGAAGAUGGCGAUAGAUUAUAUUCCUUAUGCAAAACAGUGAUGGAUGAAGGACCCCAAGUAUUUGCACCUUUAUCUGAAGAAAGCAAGAACAAGAAAUAUCAAGAAGAGGUUCCAGUCUAUGUGCCAAAAUGGAUGCCAUUCAAGGAAUUGAUGAUGAUGCUACAAGCCAGCUUGCAAGAAAUUGGGGAUCGGUGGGCAGAUGGAAAAGGACCCCUGGCAGCUGCUUUCUCUUCCAGUGAAGUAAAAGCUUUAAUUCGUGCCUUGUUUCAGAACACAGAAAGAAGAGCAGCUGCCCUUGCUAAAAUUAAAUAGCUCCAUCUUCUUAAGAAAGCUAUGUCUUGAAUAUGUGGAUUCUUCCCUUGGCAUAAUUACUCCCUUAAAGACUUCUUUGAAUUGCCCAUUGGUUUUGGUGAACCAGUACAUCAUGGAAGUUUGACUUUACAGAAGAACGUCUUACCUUCUGGCCUGUAUGAGGCUUUGUUUAAGAACUGUUUAUUAAGAUAAAUUGUCAAGUAAAGCACCUCAAUUCAUUGACUUUCUAGCCAUCUUCCUUUGAUUAGCUAACAAACUGUCAGGCAGCAUUAUUUCAUGCUGCUUCCAGAGCCCUCUGGGAACAUAUACAUUGUAAAUGCAGGCCUUGGCUUUGGACUAAGGAAUCGGGAGAUUCCAGGAGUCGGGGUAGAGAAUUUCUGAGCAAAUGGGUGAUAUUUUAGGGGUGUAGGGGGAGGGAAGGGAAGAAUUGACACCAUAUUUGGCCUUGCAGGAAUUAAGGAGACUUCCUGUAAUAUUUCUUUCCAAUAAAUAAUGCUUUUUACAA